UUUCAGCUGUCUUGACCAAUGGUGCAUAUCUGUUGAACGUCGAUUGUGAUCACUACUUCAACAACAGCAAGUGUCUUAAAGAAGCCAUGUGUUUUAUGAUGGAUCCUGCCUAUGGGAAGAAAACCUGCUAUGUACAGUUCCCACAGCGGUUUGAUGGCAUUGAUUUGCACGAUCGAUAUGCUAAUCGCAAUAUUGUCUUUUUUGAUAUCAACUUGAAAGGAUUGGAUGGAAUCCAGGGUCCAGUCUAUGUGGGAACUGGUUGUUGUUUCAACAGGCAAGCUCUUUACGGGUACGAUCCAGUCCUAACAGAGGAAGAUUUGGAGCCGAACAUUAUUGUUAAGAGUUGUUGUGGUUCAAGGAAGAAGGAAAAAAGAGGCAACAAGAAAUACAUGGAUAAAAAGAGAGUGGCAAAGAGAACAGAAUCCACCAUUCCCAUUUUCAAUAUGGAGGACGUUGACGAUGGUGUUGAAGCGUAUGAAGAGGAGAAGUCACUUUUGAUGUCUCAGAAGAGCUUAGAAAAGCGAUUUGGUCAAUCUCCGGUUUUUAUUGCUGCAACCUUUAUGGAGCAAGGUGGCAUUCCACCAACAACCAAUCCCGCAACUCUUUUAAAAGAAGCAAUCCAUGUUAUUAGCUGUGGCUAUGAAGACAAAAGUGAAUGGGGCAAAGAGAUUGGAUGGAUCUAUGGUUCUGUGACAGAAGAUAUUUUGACUGGAUUCAAGAUGCAUGCACGAGGAUGGAUUUCGAUCUAUUGCAUGCCUCCUCGGCCUGCAUUUAAGGGGUCUGCUCCAAUUAAUCUUUCUGAUCGUUUGAACCAAGUUCUUCGGUGGGCCCUGGGAUCGAUUGAGAUUCUUCUGAGCAGACAUUGCCCUAUAUGGUAUGGGUACAGCGGGAGAUUAAAGCUUUUGGAGAGGCUGGCAUAUAUCAAUACCAUUGUUUAUCCCCUCACCUCUAUCCCUCUCCUCGCUUACUGUGUACUUCCUGCUGUUUGCCUUCUCACCGGAAAAUUCAUCAUUCCUGAGAUCAGCAACUAUGCUAGUAUGUGGUUUAUUCUUCUUUUCGCAUCCAUUUUUGCUACUGGAAUAUUGGAGCUUAGGUGGAGCGGUGUGGGAAUCGACGACUGGUGGAGAAACGAACAAUUCUGGGUGAUUGGUGGUACAUCAGCUCAUCUCUUUGCCGUCUUCCAAGGGCUCUUGAAAGUACUUGCUGGGAUCGAUACCAACUUCACUGUCACCUCAAAGGCAUCUGAUGAGGAUGGUGAUUUCGCAGAGCUUUACGUGUUCAAAUGGACGUCUCUUCUCAUCCCUCCCACCACAGUCCUUAUUUUUAACUUGGUGGGUAUAGUGGCUGGUGUUUCCUAUGCCAUAAACAGUGGGUAUCAAUCAUGGGGCCCUUUAUUCGGCAAGCUGUUCUUUGCCAUUUGGGUUGAUUCUCCAAAGGUUGUGUCUCCCAGCGCACAUGCCUUCAAUUAAUAUAUUCUUAUUAUU